AUGAGUUUACAUCAGCAAAUGGGUUCAGAUCGAGACCUGCAGUCGUCAACUUCUUCAGUUAGCCUUCCUCCUGUAAAAAAGGCACCAAAGAAACGAAGGAUGCCAUGGGGUUCCAUUUUCCGAAGGAAAAAAGACACUAAGCGCAAGUCCAGGGAGGUAAAUGGAGGGGUGGAUGGCAUUGCAAGUAUUGAAAGCAUUCACUCAGAGAUGUGCACGGAUAAAAAUUCUAUCUUUUCUGCCUCAGUGAACUCUUCAGACAGUGUCGUGGUGCCAGCUAGCAAGCUGAGCGGAGACUUUAUAGAAUGUCCUUUGUGCCUUUUACGGUACUCUAAGGACCGAUUCCCAGAUAUAAUGACCUGUCACCACCGGUCAUGUGCGGACUGCUUGCGCCAGUACUUGCGGAUAGAAAUCUCUGAAAGCAGGGUUAACAUUAGCUGCCCUGAAUGCUCCGAACGCUUUAAUCCUUACGAUAUCCGCUUAAUACUGAACGAUGAUGUAUUAAUGGAGAAAUACGAAGAGUUCAUGCUCAGGAGGUGGCUCGUUGCAGAUCCUGAUUGUAGAUGGUGUCCAGCUCCAGACUGCGGGUAAGAAAAGUCCCCUCUUAUAAUUAUACUUUGACGCGCAUGUGCAGAGACAAGGUGGCCUCUCCUUUAAUGACACUGGCAGUGGAGGGAUGGCCACACACAGCAGCUAUAGCAGUGUUUAACACCGAGCAUGUGAUGUUUAAACCACAUCUGACGGGUUUAGGGCCGCUAAUACCAUAAAAGUGUCAAAUUCUGAUGUUUUAUGCUUAAUUAAUGCUUCAUAGAUAUAAAACAAAAAUUUAAAAAAUGCUUCAAGGACGAGACUUUGUACGGGCAAUGUCUCAACAUUGAAACUUAUUUGUGGUGUUCUGUCAUUUUAGUUGCUUAAAUUAACAUUUUUGCACCAUUCUCUCAUUUAAAAAAAUAAUAAUUAAAUAAAUGGGCUGACUAGGCACCCUGAGAUCACUGUAGCUACUUUUCUAUUAUCUGUCUAAGGCCGUUCAGUAUUCACAGCUUAUAAUUGCCACAAAAAAACCUGGACAGCUUUGUACUGAUAAAGCAGAGAUGUCCAAGCUGUAGAAGAGGGGACUUGCAAUGCAAUGUGUUUCAAUGUUCGGAUUUAUAUUGUGGUUAAUAGGAGCAAACCAUUCUUCUAUUUAGUCUGAACCUUAUAGAAAGAGAACCGUAAAGAAACCAGCUGUGUAGACUGGAGAUCGUUAUCUGACCGUGAACGUUCUAACAAUCGAAGAGCCUUCUUCGGCCAAUUAUACCAUGCUGUCAAUGCCAAAAAUACUUUCUUGCCCCCCUUUUUUUUUUUUGGCUGACACAUGGUUGCUGUGCGCAAUGUUUCUUGAUAUCCCUGAUUCGCAUUAUACAGUGGACAGUGCGUUUGUAGACCUUUAGAAGUUUCUGCUGAUUGCCCAACAUACAGAUCUCUCCCUGGAUGAUGUGGCUACUGAGAAUUUCCUUCUAUGUUAACAUAUUUUAGUUGGAAACUAACCAGCGUCUUGUCAGUAUCUGUAAGGUUUAAAAGCUGUUCAAUACACAUAAUUCCUACUUCAUCAUGUCCUUAUAUGGCUUGUAGGGAGUUUUCCUUAUUUUGUGAACAUGCUCCUCUAACCCUCAUAAUGGUCUGGAAACUAAAACUAGCAGCCACCUGCUCCAGGUUCUUGGUUUGACCUUGUGUCUCUUUAAUGGCCUCUUUCGCACCAUUACUUCCUAACCUCCUGGUAGAUAAUGUUACAGGACUAUCAUGGAACCGACCAUCUGUUUCCAUUUAAUGUUACCUGCAUCCGCGAGUUCCGUUGUUACCAUGUAAGAUAGGUAAAAAGCCAUCAGCAGUCACAUUUCCCCUCCAACAGAUGGCAAAACAUCAAAACAUGCCGUGUCCUUAUAUGAUAGAACUAAUCAAGCAAUCGUUAACUAAAAUAUCCCUUUAAUGCAGUUAGUGUACAGGCCUAAGAGCCGUUUGAGCUCAUGUUUGGAAAUAUUUACACUGAAUUAUGUUAAACCUUUCUCAUUCUGUUACUAUUGUGGUAGGAAUGAUGACAAAAUGGAUUCUUAACAAUAGAGUUGUCUUUGAAAUUGUCUUGCUUUUAUAGAGAUCAAAAGCUAUGUUUUAUACCCCCUUCGUGCAUCCAGUUGCCUUUGUUUGUGCCAAGCAAGUGCUAAUUCUGAAAGUGAAACCGACUUGUACCCUGAGUUCUGAACUCCAGCCUUCUACCCUAACUGAGAAAUACUCUGUAAAUUGUUUCUUAAAGUGAACCUGGCGAUGACAAAUUCUUUAGGUGGGCAUGGAUGCAAUCUGUUCAUCGUAUGGGCAACAUUAGCAACAAGUGUGUAGAUGAAAAUAUUCACUGAGCCGAAUUCUACUUUCUUGUGCAUUUGACACCUGUGCCCUGAGCCAUUGCUGCUGGUAUUUUUCCACAGAGUGAAAUAUGGUGUCAUAUUUCCUAAAAUGAGAAUUUAAGGUGAAUUUCAACUUUAAGGCCAAAGUAGGCCAAACCUGAAGCACAACUGAAUUAGAUAAUGUUUCCGAUUUGGCUAUUUUUCUCUUAAAUUUGACAUUCACUUUGAAGUCUUACUUAAGUGAAUAAUCCAUACUCCCAUGCAGUGUUAAAGGGACACUAUAGUCACCCAGACCACUUUAGCUCAAUGAAGUGGUCUGGGUGCAAUGUCCCUCAGGUUUUAAGCCUUCAGAUGUAAACAUAGCAGUUUCAGAGAAACUGCUAUGUUUACAUUUGGGGUUAAUCCAGCCUCUAGAGGCUGUCUUCUGGACAGCCACUAGAGGCGCAUCUGCGACGCUGGAGGCAUAUUAUGCCUCCAUCACACAGAGCAUCCAUAGGAAAGCAUUGAGAAAUGCUUUCCUAUGGACACUUUGAAUGCGCCAUGCGCAUUCGGCUCCGCUGACGUCGGCGGGGGAGGAGUGGUCACCAGCGCAGAGGGAGCCUGGCGCUGGAUAAAGGUAAGCUGCUGAAGGGGUUUUAACCCCUUAAGUGCCACGGGAGGAGGACCGCUUUGUUUUCCUGACACUAUGGUGAUCCUUUAAGGAAUUUGUUAGUUAUUUUUACACCUAGGAGGAGAUUUAUCAAAGCAAAACCGUUGCUAUUUUGAGUGCUAACUGGUGACUUUUGUAAAGCAUUGAAUUGGUUACCAUGGAGAUAGCUCUUUAUUUAGCACUUUCCCCAGAAUAGUACCUGCUGUGGACCAGUUAGAUUUAUUUAUUUUUGUUAAAUAAUAAUACCAGGACUACAACUUAAAGGCUUCGAGGAUUGGUGUUCUGUGUCUUUAAUUUAGAAAGAGCGACUGUUAGCUAUCCAUGACUCACAGGGAGGCCUGUGUAAUUUAUCAAGAAAAAGAGUAAGCGCUGAAUAACAGUAAGGCUGCAACCUUUAAAGGGGAUCCCUCAAAUACAAUAAGGAUAAAAAACAAACAAAGAUAAAGGUUGCGCCAAAAUAGACCAAUAGAAAUAUAAUUGUGAUAAAAGUCUUAGCUGAAAGGAUCUUCUUUAGAUCAAAAAGUCUAUAAAGUGCAUGUUCAGGAACAAUGUCCUCGCUGGAAUUCCAUAUUGAAGAAGCCUUGUUGGUGAAACGCGUUUGUGGAAACAAAAUUUGUGUAUUUUAUUUUAUUAAAGAUUUUUUGGUCACUUUUUAUUGUGCCAAUCAUCUUUUAAAUACACCUUAUAUAUAUUAUUCUACUUGGCAUUUUAUCCUUUUUGGACUCCAAGUAAUCCUGAGGUGGGGAUCAUACCACCAACGCUGUCGUCAAGGAGCAGUUUGCCUGCUCCACUCUUGUGAGUACCUUUUUUAUUUAUACUAUUUUAUCCAGGGAGCACUAUUGGUCGUCUCUCUUUUUAUUUUAUUUGAGUGUGGAACAUACCCUUGGAAGAAGAAGUCUGCACCAUAUCCCAUAAGCGGGGAUCAUACCGCUGUACACCUUUUAUACUAAGAGCUAGCUAUAGCUCUAACACAUGUGAGUGCAUUACCUACUUUCUUUUUAUUUCUUGCACCAUAUUGGAUGUACUACACUACUUGGUUCUUGUAUCUGUUUUAUCGUUUCAUAAUAUUGGAUUCCCCUGGGGAAGAACAGCGAGGACAUUGUUCCUGAACAAGCACUUUAUAGACUAUUUGAUCUAAAGAAGAUCCUUUCAGCUAAGACUUUUAUCACAUAUUUAUAUUUAUAUUGGUCUAUUUUGGCGCAACCUUUAUCUUUGUUUUUUAGGCCUGUGUAUUUACUUUAUGGAAGCACUGUCUUCGCUUUCCGGGGUGGGAGUGUGCAACUUUCCUUUCCAUUAAGCAACCUGGAUUUUAAUGACAGAUUUUUUUUAAUGUUUUAUUUUCAGUUUGGUAAUUUUACCAGUAGUUUAUACAAUUAAAGAAAAAUGAAGCCUGUCAGGUGAACUUAGAACACAUCUGGCAAUAAAUAAGAAUAAAGAUUUAAUUGUCUGGUAUAUGCCAUGCUUGAUAUUUUCUACCAGCCUUGACAUUUACGUGUUCUGUAAAUAAAACGUUGGUUUUCUGCCACAGAGUAGAAUUGUAAAUUUCUUCUCAUUCCUGAAGCACGGGUGCCCAAAAGGUUACAUCCCAGCUGUUGUAGAGCUACAGCUUCCAUGAUGUUUGAUAGAGCAUUUUGGGAUUGGUAAUUCUACAGGAAUAGUGUCACUUGGCCAAUACGGCUUUAUCUUUGUGUAUUGAAACACUCCUUGUUCACUUUGACGAUUCAUUAUAGCUUUGCAUUACAUGAAAAUUCUUCCUUAAAAGAACACCCUGACAUCAAAAAUAUUUCGUGUUGGUGUUCCUUGCUGUUUUGGAUUCAUUAAUUCUGUCCAAUCUAAUGACAUGGGGUGCAUGCACUGCAGUAGCCAUGCCCUGUUAAUCUCAUUCCUCUAAAUGCGAUGAUUUUCUAUGAGAAGAAUUAGCUGCCUUCAUUGUUGUCAUGCUGUCCGGUCCACCUCUACCCUCCCACCCCCCAGUGAGUAUCAAACAUGCAUGGCUUCCCAUCUUUCACUAUUUACAGGAAGCUCCUCUCAAUAUGGAUAACCUAUCACACACAAUAUAAUAGCUUCAUAUAUCCCAUCUUUUCAUAUGGGCAAAGCAGAACACGUUUGGCUAUUUAUGGUUACGGGUAUGACUGGCAUGUGACUAUUACCAAUAUUAGUUUGGGUAUGCAGAGUCACGACCUAUUCAUUGAUAUUUAUCUAAUUAAGUGACAGUUAAAGCAGAUUAAGCAAACAUUGCAUUUUUUGAAAUAUAUUGCUGUUUGAGCGGUUUGCUGCCGACUACUCAUUACUUUGAGGUUUAUUGAUGUGGAGCUCUGGGAUGUUUCCAUAGAAGCCACACAUAACUGAGGCUUAUUGCUCUGGAGCUGGGGGAUAACUCAAACACCACACGUUAUUGUGAGUUUAGUUGCUGCUCUAUGGUGGGUAUGUAAAACUUGCAUCAUUUAGUGAUUUAAUUAUUUAUUUUGCUGUUGUACCGUAACUGAGGGCUUAUUGUUUACUUAAUUGAAUAUCAUAAUAUGAUAACCAAUUGUUUGUAUGUUCUAAUGAAGAUCUUACUGUACUCUCUAGGUUGUCAUAAUGCGUAAAGGAUCUCUCCAAGCACCAUGCUGGUGCUUGUGGUGUCCCUAUUAAGCACUUUAAAAUUAUAAAGUGUAUACAUGCAGAUAUUGAUAUGGAUAUGUAUAUAGAAUAUAUUAGACUACCCUACAGAAUUUGUAAUGGUUCCCUCACAAUUAGGAUUUACACCUAUUUUUUCCCCCCUCCUAUCUCCUGCAGAUACGCAGUAAUUGCAUUUGGAUGUGCCAGCUGCCCAAAGCUAACCUGUGGCCGUGAUGGAUGCGAGACAGAGUUCUGCUAUCACUGCAAACAGAUCUGGCAUCCGAACCAGACGUGUGAUGCCGCUCGCCAAGAGCGAGCCCAGAGUUUGCGCUUACGGACAAUUCGUUCAUCAUCGAUCAGCUACAGCCAGGAGUCUGGCGCAGCAGGUAAUGUCGGUCAGAUUGUGUUGCCUAUUAAUGAAGUUUAACAUUGGUAACAGUGAUAAUAUAGGCUGACUUCCUUGGAUCUCUAAUCAGAAAUUAAAUUCGCUCUUUUCUCACGAUUUGCAGCCAGGGUGUUUUAUAACAGCCACCAAUUCUCAUAGGAAAGUGUAAAAUUACAUCAAAUUAGACAAUUACAUUGUCCGUAAAGAAUGACAGGGAUUCUAGCACUCUUAGAAUUCACAGUCAGAGGUGGAAUUCUACACUCGCAUUCUUUUCAGGCCAUGCACUGCUUUACGGACAAAAUAUUGUCAGCAGUUGGUUUUUUCUUUUUUUUGUCUCUGCAGUUUGUCAUGCGUUCGUAUAUAUUGAUAACUAAGCAGUGAAAGAAAACAUGAGAAUUAAACGGAAACGGUUUCCAGGAGUCUCUUCUGAUUUUAUGAUACAGUGCUGAUUCUUAAAUAAGCAUGUUGCCACAGUUACAGAGCACACACCAUAGCAACAUACUCUUUUUUUCAUGAAACUGCAUGGAAUUCUGGUUAUUGGGGAUAUUACAUUCCUGGAAAUAAGGCUUUCCACUCAAGAUCUCUAUAAACAUCUCAAUUUAGUUUUCUACCUGUGUGUUUAGGGAAAAAAGCAGAGGAUUUGGUUUCAUGCUUUCUAGUGUUUAAGUAAUUACUUUAUAUCACAGCUCUGCAAUGUGGCAUACUACUAUUUACAGCUCGUACCUCUUUCGUGCUGGCUGUACAUUUGGUGUCAGAAAGUGCUUGUGAAGUUUAAUGCGUGGGUGCAUGCACACAUGGAAUUAAUUAUUGGACGCCAGUAUUUCCACUACAAACUGGCCUUACUUUUCCAUUAAUCCCUUGUGAACGUUAACUAGGUUUUGUAGUAUGUUUCUCAGUAAAUGGUGCCCAUUGAGGGAACAACUCACAAAUGAAUGAAACCAGAUGUAGAUAUUUCAAACCCAUGUGAAAACACAAAUCUAAAUAUUAAAUAUAGGGAUGUAGAUACAUGUAUUUGUCUAAAAUAAAUCACUGCUCCAAACACUACUGUAUUGCUUUGUGGUUUUGUCAGGAAAAUAUAUUUACAGGGUUAUUCUCAAAAGUGUGAAUUUAUAAUGUUUGGCCUAAACGUUUACAUUCACUUUGCAGCCUUGACAUGUCACACUUUAUUGAAUAACCCUGUGAGAUGUUUUGAGAGCUAGGGUUUCUCAAUCUCCUCUCCACGGUAAAGAGCUCCUGUUAAGCGUUAGCAGUCCUAAGACAGUGUUAGUCUUUCCUUGGUAGGUGCGUUCAUGUUGAAGUGCUGGCAGGGUGCCUGGUAUUCUAACCCUGGAUCACAUUACAAAAUAGAUUCCCAUACACUUCCACUGACAACCAAGUGCCACUUUUCAGGAUCAUUCUGAUCUUCUGCAUCAUAGCACAAUUCUCUAACUACCUGCGCAGGAUUUAGCGAAGCCUGAUGCAUUCCUUUAUCUCGUAUUCACAUGGAAACCUUUAGCAUCUAACUCUUAUGGGCUGGUUGGAGAUUGAUAAGACUAACAUGUUUACUAGUCUAAGGUACAGAUAACUUGCUAUUACCUUGUCUGCAUGUACUGACUGAAACAUGAUAAUCUUUUACACUUGUAGUACAUAAAAAAAGUAAAUUAUGGCUUACCUUGCAAUGGUGACGGCAGAGUAUGGCCCCGUUGAUAAAUUAAAGACCACAAGUCUCUGCAUUGCCAAGGCAAACUAUCACUGUAUUUUAGUAUGACUAUAAUUAUUUAUAUUAUUAACAUUUAUCAGCCACCAACAUUUUCCACAUGUUACAAUGCCCCGUGGAUGUUUUGUAAAUUCCAUAUUUUGAAAGGUAUUUUUAUUAUGAUUUUAUUGAGCUCUCACUCGUCUCACUAUUCCCUUAUAGUCACCAGCCUAUGUCUGAUUAAUUUCAAUUCUGUUUCUUCUAACUAGCGGACGAUAUUAAACCAUGCCCCAGGUGUGCCGCCUAUAUCAUAAAAAUGAAUGACGGCAGCUGUAAUCACAUGACCUGCGCAGUGUGCGGCUGUGAAUUCUGCUGGCUCUGCAUGAAGGAGAUCUCAGACUUACAUUACCUAAGGUGAGUACACAAGUGACCGACUGAACAACCGAGGUUCCACUUGUAGUUUUGGUAAUGAAGAGGUACUUUGUGUGCUGUCACUACAUAAAACCAGUGUGGGAACAGAUCCGUUUCUUUUUAAGUUUUGAGUAAGAUUAAGCAACAAUGGCUCUGCUGUUCAUUUAAGUUCAUAGAUCCAGAUAGAAAGCAACAACCGGACAGACCAGAUCUAGUAUGAGCUCCUUGCUGGAUGUGCUAUAAAAAUGGAAAUGAACAAUCGGAUUGAUUCACUAGACUAGGAAUUCAACCAGGAAUUGACAGAUGAUUUGAAUAUUACAAAAUAGCAAAGCUGGGAAAAUUCCCAGACUCCUCUAAUUUUACAGCUUGACUGUUGUGGCCAAAAAUUUGCAAUUCUCAAAAAUAAAAUACGUUUGAUAUAAUAUACACAUACACACCCCUCCAUGAAAGUGUGGGGAAUUUCAGAUUUAUUCACUAAAGUGAGAAUUGUCAGGAAUGAGAAAUCAAUGCAAAGUGGAUUUCGAAUUUAAGGCCAAAAUAGCCGAGCUGGAAAAAUUCUCCAAGUCCACUAAUGCUUCCGGUUUGACAACUUUGCGUUGACUUUAAAACUUCUUUGAAUCCCCAACGAUUCUCCCUUUAGUGAAUCAUUUUGUUUGUGUUAUUAAACGUAGCUCUUAUUCUGAAAGUAGUUCCCACCUUUGUAUAUCGUGUAUUCACCAAAUAACGAAUAGUGGUGACACAGCCUGUGUUGCAGAGCUAUUUUAGCCUGAAGUUUGCAAUUUAGUUUUUAGUUGAUUACCAGUAUCCAUUCAGUGUUUAGUAAAUACACCCGUUUAUUGUAACCUACUGCACAUGUCUAGUGGCAUAUGACUUCAAAUUUCAAGCCCUAAUUAUUUAUUUUUCUUGAAACAAGAAAAGAAGAUUCAGCAGCAAAAACUAAUUCUGUCUUAGAUCAUACAUUAAUACCCUUUUCCGAUGCAGACAAUAAACUGCUACGCUAGGCAUUGGAUGAUUGAAUUCAGAUUGAUUUAUUUUUUAAUUAAAAUAUUAUGUUUGUGUAUUUUGAUUAUCUCUUUGUUUCUUUUAUAUUCCAUCCUAGUUUUAUUGUGAGUGGUGAAUAGUGCCAGCCAUCUCCUUUGACAGAGAGCUUUGUGCUUACAAUUCUUGCCGACCUGUAUUGACUGCGGUAAUACUUUAUCUGAAUGACAGCCAUUCACGGUGUUGUUCUGGUUUGUUUUACAGCCCAUCUGGAUGCACUUUUUGGGGCAAGAAGCCAUGGAGCAGGAAAAAGAAGAUUCUUUGGCAGCUGGGGACCCUUGUGGGAGCUCCAGUUGGUAUUGCAUUAAUAGCCGGGAUCGCCAUUCCAGCCAUGAUCAUCGGUAUUCCUGUGUAUGUUGGGCGAAAGGUAAGGAAUAAUCAUCUUUCACUGCUGCCAGGACACAUGAAAACAGAGCAAAGAAUACCCAAAAAUACUACUCAUUGCCAACACAGUGUAUAUAGCCAACUGGCCACUUAUGUUGAAGGGAUACUAUAAGUGCCAGGAAUACAAAGCUGUAUUCAUGGCACUAUAGCUCCCUCUGCCUCCCCCUCCCUCGGGCCCUGUUUGGUAGACAGCCACUGGAGGCAGAGUUGGUGCCGCAAUGUAAACAAUGCAGUUUCUUACUCACUAAUAUUUAGGACACAAUACCCGGCUAUCAUGUUAGUUCAACAAUGUUGACCUAAAUUGUGGAAAUCAUGUUAAAUUCCUGGCAGUUCACACUUGGUGAUUAACAAUAACAGGUAGUUAUGCAGUCAUUUUACACAAGGUUAUUCACUUACCCAGUGAAUUUCACAUUUUACACCUAAAUAGCAAAAUUGGAAACGUUUCCUGCUCUACUGCUUUUGCAAACAAUUCCCAGUUUAGUGAGUAACCCAUACACUGUUUCCAAAGAAGCUCUGAGUUCCAGGGAACAGGUCAUUGAACCAGCCUCAUUUAAUUUGCAUCAGGCGAUCACUUCCCUUUUAUCUAAAUAUAGCAGCCUUGGCCGCAAGUCGAUCUAGACUUACCAUGUUUAAUUUAGAUCACAUCCUGCCUCUUUGAGUUGCACCAGCACAGGUUUCAGGGAGUAGCUGCAGCUGGCAUGUAAGUAAGUGGGCAGACGUUUUGCUCUGACUUUCCCUGUAACAUCAUGCUGUCUGUGAUCGGGUAAGGGACUUUGGGUUAUUGCCUGCUCACCAUAAAAUAUUCAUUGUUGUUUGUGUUCUUAAACGGCAAUCACUGUAUUAUUAAAUCUGAGUUACAAGCCUCCCCCACCCCAACGUAACUUACUGAAAAGUAAUAAUUCAUAGGCGAGAAUUAAAUUAUAUCGUGUAAAAAGAAACCAUCUUCGGUGUAGAUUGAUUAUAUUGCGUAAAGUGAAAGUGAGUACGUGUACAGACACGUUGGGAGUGAUACUGUUUGAGCAAUAUCCUUCAAUGGAUUGGGAGGUAGGUUCAGCCAGACAUUUACUGGAAAUAAUGUGUUGCGUCACUAGGUUUGAUAUGCUGAGAUAUGACUAUUCUAUGGCAGCCUCCUUUCCGUUAAUAAAUAAUACGUUUUACCACCCAGUAAAUGGAGCCAUGUUUCAAAAGUAGUUCCUGUCCUUCAAGUUUAAAGUUUUUUAAUCCUGUUAUAGCAAUAUAUACUUCCUACUUUGCUAAGUUGUAAUGGCCACUGACGUUUUGCACAAAAAAAAACCCAAAACAUUCCCAGGUAUGAAUAAGAUUUGUAAGCUGUGAGAGAUCCUCAGAGACAUUCCAUUUUGCAAUAAGGUUACCAUUCAUGUAGUAGAUUUUAUUUAAGCUGUGAGACAUUCUCAGACACAUUCCAUUUUGCAAUAAGGUUACCAUUCAUGUAGUAGAUUUUAUUUAAGCUGUGAGACGUCAUUUUGCAAUAAGGUUACCUGUAAUGUUAAACUGGGUAAAGCUUACUUACAGGCCAGUGGUUUCGUUUUAUCAUAAUUUACAUUUCUUGGUUGGUUGUUUUUCUUGAGGUGUUUUUACUCAGUUUGCUCAUUUCUCACAGAUUCACAAUCGUUAUGAAGGCAAAGAUAUUUCCAAACACAAGAGGAAUUUGGCCAUAGCAGGCAGUGUCACCCUGUCUGUCAUAGUGUCACCAGUUGUCGCUGCAGUAACUGUGGGUAAGGAAUACAUUUACAAAUCUGAAUGACUGGUAUAUCUCUGACUGAUAUAGAGGAGGAGUCCCAUUUCUGUAGUCUGUGUUGUGACCCCUUUUUUUUUUUUUCUCACUCCAGGUAUUGGUGUUCCCAUUAUGUUGGCGUAUGUAUAUGGAGUCGUCCCCAUAUCACUCUGUAGAAGCGGAGGGUGUGGAGUGUCUGCUGGGAAUGGCAAAGGGGUCCGGAUUGAAUUUGAUGAUGAAAAUGACAUCAAUGUUGGAGGAGCCAAUACGGCUGCAGGUGAGAGUUCCUACCAGAUAUGUCAUGAUGUAAAGCAAUUUCUCUAACCCAUCAUCCUUAAAGGUGCACUCCAAACCCAUGGAGCUUGCUGAAUUGCUAUAUGGCUGUGGAGCAUCCCUUUAAAAUCCCCACUUAUAAAAGUGCCAAUUUCUCUGUGAUAUUAGCACUUACAUAAUUCAAAAUAAGAAUCAAAUGGCUGGACAGAUUCACUUUCUACUUCAGUUAGCUCCAUUGAGCUAAUGAAAAUAGCAGGCACUCUAAUAGCCCAGCAGGAGGUUAAGUGCCCCCGUCCAGCCCAUCAGUUCUUGUUGUCUCUCUUUCCCCUCCAUGUGUCUCAGUCCCCCUUCCCCUCCUGUGCCUGCUGACCUUGUAGUGUGCUGAUCUGCGGGUAGCGGAUCUUCAGUUUACUCUACCCGGACUGACAGGAAGUGUCUUCAGCGCAAGCCCUUUUAGACUAUACACCCAAUGAAUAUAUACAUAAAAAUAUGCAUGCAUGUAUUCAUUGGGGGUAUAUCUACUAAACAGUUUUUUCAUUUCCCCCACCCCCCACACCUGCGCAAGUGUUCCUUUAAGGCUUCAGUUAGUAGACCAGCUAUCCCAUAAGCUAUUUUAAAUUAUCAUUUCUUCAGCCCCUUCAGGCACGCACUUACGGGUAAGGUUACCCACUGACUGUAAAAUUCCUUCCUAUGUGUGGAGGAGACUGGUUACGGUUAGCAGAGUGUGUCAUUUAUUCACGUACAGUAUUCACUUAUAGGGAGACGUGAGGUUUCCAAAUGGAAAAGUCCUCUCCAAACUGCGUUCUGUGAUAGCAUUUUCACAGUACAGUGCAUAUGCAUGUAAUAUGUAACAUAUUCAAUCUGCGGGGUUAUAGCAGUUGAUAAAUGUGUUUCACAAAUGUUUCCAAAAUAAACAUACUCUGUUAAUGGAACUGCAGCCACUCGUACCAAGCAAUGUGUGCCUUCAUUUUAACUGUUAGUAUGCGGUUUGACAGUUUAUACCACUGACUAGCGUAUCAGUUCUGCUUAUUAAAGGGCAAGUGUGGGUAAAAUAACCUCCUCGGUUAGUACAUGAUAUACGCAAUGUAUUUAAAAAUAAUGUAAAAAGAUGCAUUAAAAGUUCCUAGAUGAAUGAAUCACUGUUUAGUGGGUCUGUUAGUACUCCAACCUCUCCAAACGCAGCAUAAGACGGACAAUCUGUUGUAUUUCAUUCUUAUCUAUGGGAUCUGGUCCCCCGAAUUCCUGUCCUGCAGGAGAUUGAGAUAAGCAGUGUAUCCCCAAGAGCAGUUCCACUUGUUGCAUACAUAGUUUAACUGCACUGACGUGCCAUGGUUGCUGUCAGCUUAUUGCCCGGUUCACUGUUUGGUGUCCUAAGCCAUGAGCAGCUAUCCCUGGUUGGAGAGAGAUCUCAGUCCAAGUUGUGUGUUUCGGGCAGAUGCCGCAUACAAAAUAGUGGAAGUACAAAGAAUAUAGGGUUGUCACGUUCCCUGUCCAGUUAACCAUUUUAUGUAACAGGUGUUUGGUGGUGUGACUUAUCUAAAACCUGCCAUUUGAUAUGUUGUCUAUACAAUAUCAUGCUUUGUAGGCACAAGUGCAUUUAAUUUUGACUAUUGUGGACUCAUCCAGUUUUUAAAUAUUCAAAUUACCUUUUUAUUGAGCUGUUUUGUUAAUCUGACAGGUUGAUUUUAUUCAGUCUCUUGCCACAUUAUGACAUUAUGUGCUGUUACAGUGAAAUUGGAAGGGGCUUUAAAGUUUCUCAUGGAAAAACUGGCUAAUACUCACAUGUGAAGUCAAUAGCCAAUCAGACCCCAGGUUGCCAGUGUCUCAAGCCUUUUAUCUUCGAUAAUUUCAUUGUGUAGAGAAUAGGAUGGAGUUGUUUGAACUUCCUAAUGAGUCAGAAUGUCAUUAGGACUCAGAUAAAGCCCUAAUGACCUAGAAUUCAAUUUUAUUUAUUUUUCUUCUUAAAAUUAUCAAUAUAAAAAAAAUCUGAAUGGAUUUCAGAUUUAUCAACACGUAAGUAGCUUGUGUUUUUGAGUGUGAUAUUGCGAAGUACAUUUUUGGUGAUUGAGACACUUUAACCCCUUCAGGACCUGAUCUAAAUAUACAAAUCAGGAGAUCAUAAUAUUCAUUUCUACAACUGCCUGUGAUUAUUUAAUCUCUCAGUAUGGUUUCAUUUGCCAUAGGCACACGUCUGUAUUACGUUUUUUACUAUUUAACAGCUGACCAAAUAGUUUAGGAUUGAUCCUUUGUCAGGAUAUUUUCACCUGUUUAUGGUAGAACUGUAAGCCUGCUGCUCUCCUCUUGGAAACCCAGCAGUAUUCCAUACUAGGGACAAUUAAAUGCCACAAAAGAACCCUUUUGAUCAUGACGGAGAAAAUGUGUACUAAUGAGCAGAUGCAAUUCUUGUUUCCAAGCCAUACAAUGCUAAGAGCUUCAGAAGUUGCAGAGGAGUCACGUGACCUUAUAUUUGUUUGUUUUGGUUAAAUGGACUUCUUAUUAUGCUUCCUCUCAAAUGUCAGCUGCAGCACUUCACCUCCUGUGGGAUUGUUAACCCUAUAUUCACAUAGUGUAAAACAAGUGUGCCAACGUUUGCAUCUUCCUGCACUAAAUGCAUGCAGUGCAAAGGCAAAAAUGAAUUCUCAUCCGAAUAACUUCUCAACAACAACAAUUUAGUUUGCUGGAAUUGAACUUUAUUUUGGGAGGUUUGCAUACGACAAUUUUAAGUCUCUGUAAGUCUGAUACACGGUAAUUCGUAUAACUUAGAAUGACCCAGGUUAAAUUUCAGAUGUGUGUGUAUGGAAAUGAGAACUGCUCCCCAGUAAACAUAGCAGUGGUUUGAGGGCCGGUAUAUAAAAGAUUACAUAAACGGACACCCCUUUAAAUAUUAAGCUGGAAAUAAGUGUUUUUUUCUGAAAAUGAUUGAUAAUCGAGAAAGUCUGUUUCCUAGCAGAUCAUAAUAUUCAGGUAGGCAUUGCCCCGAUACUGGCACAGCGUGCCGUUACACUGUAGUGGCUUAAGAUGAUGGAAAUUGGUUGUUUAUGCGUUACAAUGCACGAUGCACAUUCCAGGGUUGUAAUCGGCUGCCUCGUCUUUAAAUGGGACAUGCAUUCCAGUGAGCUGAAUUUUUAAACCAAGCCUUGCCAAACAAUGCUGGAUGUGGCACAUACUGGGUGCACAUUAAGUUUAACCCCUUAAGGACCAAACUUCUGGAAUAAAAGUGAAUCAUGACAUGUCACACAUGCCAUGUGUCCUUAAGGGGUUAAUGACCCUUGUGUUUCUUUUGUCAACUGCGUGUUUAUUUUUCCAAAGUAAGAAAUGCUCUAUAUGGUGUCCAAAACAUCAUCAUUUCCAUCCGGUUUCCAUGUAAAAACAGCCCAAAAUCCUGGCAGUUCCAACUCUCCGGACUCCUGUCUUUUGGCAGGGAGAAAAACUGACAGGAAAGCAAAGUCCACAUUUUCAACACCCGGGUGUACACGCCAAAAGCAGUUUAUCUCUCUGUAGUUUCCUAAUCUGAAACCUCCAUAUAGUUUGACAUCAUAUGUGAAAUAAAUAGUUCUAAUGAUUCCUUGGAGCAGGUCUGCCGAUGUUAUUUAUGUUGGUGAGAAUAUUUUGUUAAAAUGACUAUAUACUUUUUCCCCUUUGGAAACUCAUUUUUUUGUUUAGGCUAUAAACAUUCAAGUUACUGUUAUUACUCGUUUUAGGAGAGUGUGAGCUCCAUAUUUUGUCAUGUCUUGCUCCCUUACAUUAAAUGCCAUGUGCCAGAAGAGGACCUAAUGCAUUCCCAGGUUCCUGUUCAAUGUUUGUUUAUAUUAGGUUUUUUUACUAGUCAAUUUUAACUUUACGUGUAAUUGUAUAAAGAAAGAUAUUUUUACAUUUAGUGUGGAUCAGCUUGAUGCACAAGUUCUUUUUUUACUCUGUUUAUCACUGUUAUUUGUUUAUGUCUUUCCUCUCUGUAGAUGCCACUUCAGUCGCAGAAGCACGCAACAAUCCCAGUAUCGGGGAAGGAAGUGUAGGAGGGAUGACCGGCAGUCUGAGCGCUAGUGGAAGCCACAUGGACAGGAUUGGCGCAAUUCGGGACAAUCUCAGUGAAACCGCCAGCACCAUGGCUUUGGCAGGGGCCAGUAUAACGGGCAGUCUGUCUGGGAGUGCCAUGGUGAAUUGUUUUAAUAGGUAAAGAUAUAAUUAUAUGUCAUUGUGUUAUUUCUCCAUCAAUUGUCCUUACCUGUUACAGCAGUUCUGUUACUUAGCAUGAAGUCCAUAAGCAAACAAUGCCUUAAUUUUAAUAUGUUCUAAUGCUAUGCUGCUUUGCAUCCGAUUCAAUAGGGAAUCCUUAUGUUUCAGUACAGUUUAAUGUGAUAAUUUUGGGUUUGUGGCUCUAAGGUCGAUAAGCCCUUCUCUUUGCAUAAUAUCUGAAAAUCAAGAUACACGUUUUCAUACUGCCUAAGAUGCACAGAACUGAGAAAUCUUUUCCAUAAUGCCUGCUUGUGAUCACGUGAUGCACGAUCAUGUUCCUCACAUAAGAACCUUAUAACUGCCGUAAGAUAUAAUUUUACCUCGCACCUUGGAACACCAGCCAGGUGAUUUGCUGCGCAUGUGUUUCUCUUCCACAAUGCUUUUCUAUGAGAAACAUUGGUUUGGAUGAGAUCGCAGAAGACGUCAGCAGGCGUGCUAAUGAAGCAGGCGUGCUUUCCUACGCUUCUCAGCAAGCUGUAGUUCAGCUCAUUGAAAGGGGGAAAGGCAGACGCCUGCUAUCUCUGUGGAGUUAAGGAGAAAGUGUCCCGACGGAUAGGCGUUUGAGGUCCCAAUUAUAAAAGUGUCAAUUGCUGUUAAAAUCAGCCCUUUUCUAAACUGUCACAAAUAAGACAGACAGAAGAGCUUUAUGUGUCUGGAGUGUCCCUUUAAUAUCACUGUUAAGUCUAUUAUAAAUGAUAAUGUCUGCCUGGAGGCUAUAGUGAAUGGUUUGAAAUAUUGGAGAGUAAUCAUCUAAAUAUUCAGCUGCAGGGCUGGAUCCUUAUAAUGCUCUCUAAUGUUAUAUAAUAAAUGAGCUGCAGGGCUGGAUCCUUAUAAUGUCCUGUAAUAUAAUACAAUAUGAGCUGCUGGACUGGAUCCUUAUAAUGCUCUGUAAUGUAAUAUAAUAUAAACUACUGGGCUGGAUCCAUAUAAUGCUCUGUAAUGUAAUAUAAUAUAAACUACUGGGCUGGAUCCUUAUAAUGCUCUGUAAUGUAAUAUAAUAUAAUCUACUGGGCUGGAUCCGUAUAAUACUCUGUAAUAUAAUAUGAGCUGCUGGGCUGGAUCCGUAUAAUGCUCUGUAAUGUAAUAUAAUAUAAACUACUGGGCUGGAUCCUUAUAAUGCUCUGUAAUAUAAUGCAAUAUGAGCUGCUGGACUGGAUCCUUAUAAUGCUCUGUAAUGUAAUAUAAUAUAAACUACUGGGCUGGAUCCCUAUAAUGCUCUGUAAUAUAAUGAGCUGCUGGGCGGGAUCCUUAUAAUGCUCUGUAAUAUAAUGAGCUGCUGGGUGGGAUCCUUAUAAUGCUCUGUAAUAUAAUAUGAGCUGCUGGGCUGGAUCAUUAUAAUGCUCUGUAAUAUAAUAUGAGCUGCUGGGCUGGAUCCGUAUAAUGCUCUGUAAUAUAAUAUGCGCUGCUGGGCUGGAUCAUUAUAAUGCUCUGUAAUAUAAUAUGAGCUGCUGGGCUGGAUCCUUAUAAUGCUCUGUAAUAUAAUAUGAGCUGCUGGGCUGGAUCCGUAUAAUGCUCUGUAAUAUAAUAUGAGCUGCUGGGCUGGAUCCGUAUAAUGCUCUGUAAUAUAAUAUGAGCUGCUGGGCUGGAUCCGUAUAAUGCUUUAUAAUAUAAUAUGAGCUGCUGGGCUGGAUCCGUAUAAUGCUCUGUAAUAUAAUAUGAGCUGCUGGGUUGGAUCCGUAUAAUGCUCUGUAAUAUUGAGCUGCUGGGCUGGAUCCGUAUAAUAUGAGCUGCUGGGCUGGAUCCGUAUAAUGCGCUGUAAUGUAAUAUGAGCUGCUGGGCUGGAUCCUUAUAAUGCUCUGUAAUAUAAUAUGAGCUGCUGGGCUGGAUCGUAUAAUGCUCUGUAAUAUAUAUGAGCUGCUGGGCUGGAUCCGUAUAAUGCUCUGUAAUAUAAUAUGAGCUGCUGGGCUGGAUCCUUAUAAUGUCCUGUAAUAUAAUAUAUAUGAGCUGCAGGGCUGGAUCCUUAUAAUGCUCUGUAAUAUAAUAUAUGAGCUGCUGGGCUGGAUCCUUAUAAUGCUCUGUAAUAUAAUAUAUGAGCUGCUGGGCUGGAUCCUUAUAAUGCGCUGUAAUGUAAUAUGAGCUGCUGGGCUGGAUCCUUAUAAUGCUCUGUAAUAUAAUAUGAGCUGCUGGGCUGGAUCCGUAUAAUGCUCUGUAAUAUAUAUGAGCUGCUGGGCUGGAUCCGUAUAAUGCUCUGUAAUAUAAUAUGAGCUGCUGGGCUGGAUCCUUAUAAUGUCCUGUAAUAUAAUAUAUAUGAGCUGCAGGGCUGGAUCCUUAUAAUGCUCUGUAAUAUAAUAUAUGAGCUGCUGGGCUGGAUCCUUAUAAUGCUCUGUAAUAUAAUAUGAGCUGCUGGGCUGGAUCCGUAUAAUGCUCUGUAAUGUAAUAUGAGCUGCUGGGCUGGAUCCGUAUAAUGCUCUGUAAUAUAAUAUGAGCUGCUGGGCUGGAUCCUUAUAAUGUCCUGUAAUAUAAUAUAUAUGAGCUGCAGGGCUGGAUCCUUAUAAUGCUCUGUAAUAUAAUAUAUGAGCUGCUGGGCUGGAUCCUUAUAAUGCUCUGUAAUAUAAUAUAUGAGCUGCUGGGCUGGAUCCUUAUAAUGCUCUGUAAUAUAAUAUGAGCUGCUGGGCUGGAUCCUUAUAAUGUCCUGUAAUAUAAUAUAUGAGCUGCAGGGCUGGAUCCUUAUAAUGCUCUGUAAUAUAAUAUAUGAGCUGCUGGGCUGGAUCCUUAUAAUGCUCUGUAAUAUAAUAUAUAAGCUGCUGGGCUUGAUCCGUAUAAUGCUCUGUAAUAUAUAUGAGCUGCUGGGCUGGAUCCUUAUAAUGCUCUGUAAUAUAAUAUGAGCUGCUGGGCUGGAUCCUUAUAAUGCUCUGUAAUAUAAUAUGAGCUGCUGGGCUGGAUCCGUAUAAUGCUCUGUAAUAUAAUAUGAGCUGCUGGGCUGGAUCCGUAUAAUGCUCUGUAAUAUAAUAUGAGCUGCUGGGCUGGAUCCGUAUAAUGCUCUGUAAUAUAAUAUGAGCUGCUGGGCUGGAUCCUUAUAAUGCUCUGUAAUAUAAUAUGAGCUGCUGGGCUGGAUCCUUAUAAUGCUCUGUAAUAUAAUAUGAGCUGCUGGGCUGGAUCCGUAUAAUGCCUGUAAUAUAAUAUGAGCUGCUGGGCUGGAUCUGUAUAAUGCUCUGUAAUAUAAUAUGAGCUGCUGGGCUGGAUCCGUAUAAUGCUCUGUAAUAUAAUAUGAGCUGCUGGGCUGGAUCAUUAUACUGCGCUGUAAUAUAAUAUGAGCUGCUGGGCUGGAUCCUUAUAAUGCUCUGUAAUAUAAUAUGAGCUGCUGGGCUGGAUCCAUAUAAUGCUCUGUAAUAUAAUAUGAGCUGUUGGGCCGGAUCCGUAUAAUGCUCUGUAAUAUAAUAUGAGCUGCUGGGCUGGAUCCGUAUAAUGCUCUGUAAUAUAAUAUGAGCUGCUGGGCUGGAUCCAUAUAAUGCUCUGUAAUAUAAUAUGCGCUGCUGGGCUGGAUCCUUAUAAUGCUCUGUAAUAUAAUAUGAGCUGCUGGGCUGGAUCCUUAUAAUGCUCUGUAAUAUAAUAUGCGCUGCUGGGCUGGAUCCUUAUAAUGUCCUGUAAUAUAAUACCAUAUGAGUUGCUGGGCUGGAUCUGUAUAAUGCUCUGUAAUAUAAUAUGAGCUGCUGGGCUGGAUCAUUAUAAUGUCCUGUAAUAUAAUACCAUAUGAGUUGUGGGCUGGAUCCUUAUAAUGCUCUGUAAUAUAAUAUGAGCUGCUGGGCUGGAUCCGUAUAAUGCUCUGUAAUAUAAUAUGAGCUGCUGGACUGACUGUUUGUAAUUGUCAUAAUUAUGCUACUAAAAUCAAUACCAAAUCUUAGAGUUGUAAAAAUAUAAGAACAAAAAAUGUUCCCUCAUUUGUAAUUUAUUUGUUUAAUUGAGAUGCUCAUUGUGAAGUGUUGCGGAUUACAUUGAUCUGUAAUAGUAAUUUGGAUCAUGUGGAAGCUUUAACGUUCCCUUUUUAUUUAUUUUUUAUUUUUUUUUAGGCUGGAAGUCCAAGCGGACAUUCAGAAGGAACGAUGCAGUUUAAGUGGGGAAUCUGGCACUGUGAGUUUAGGAACGGUCAGCGACAAUGCAAGCACCAAAGCCAUGGCUGGAUCCAUUCUAAAUUCUUACACCCCUCUGGACAGGUAAUACUGAGUGCUUUGUUAAUUAGAUUUACCCAGUAUUUUAUAGAUCUAUCUAGCGCUGAUAUCAUCUGAGCUGUAUAUGAAAGCCUAGAUUAGAGCGAAAACAUCUGUCUCCUAUGUUUUGAAAUAGUAAUUAUAAUCCCACCAUCCAAAUUGGGAAAAUGAGCUCGAAUCAGCUAGCAACACAUUGGCUGUGGCUGAUAGGUCUCGGCCCUUGGUAUAUUCCUGCUAGUAUUCAAGAACAACUGGUUUAGCUCUGAGUCUUACGACAUGGAAGCCCCUAGGCUGAUUUGCUAAUGUAAUUGAAAAUGGCAUAAUCGGGGAUGAAGUGUGGCUUGUGGCAGCUUGCAAAUAUGAAUAUAAAUCAAAAUUUUCACCCUAUAACCCUAAGGGUUAAUCUGUUAAUCUGGUAUAAAAUGUUUUAUGGUCAUAUUUACCGUAUUUCUCCAGUAUCUGUUUUAUAAUUUGACUCACUGCUUCUUACCCUUUUUCCAUCCGAGUACCAUUCACAACAUAUUUGUAUGCCAAUGUAUUCCCCAGAACUGUAUAUUCCGUUUUUAAAUACCUGAAAUUAUGAUGAUGUGCCCCCUGUACUACUUUUCCGUAUACAGCAGUAAAGGUUAAACAGCCUUGAUAUAAAUGUGUGUUUUCAUAAUGUGUUCUAGUGUGAGUCACUAGUGCAGGGAUUAACAUGGCUUUUUGCUAUUCUUGGCUCCCCAGCCCCCUCUGUCUAUCUGUGUAAUUACAAAACAAGGUAAGGCGAAAUCUGUAGGCAGCUGUGAUAUUUAGCUAGUUUGUGUUAAGAAGGUUCCCAUAGUAUGGGUUUUUAUUUGCAACAUGGAAAGUAAACCAAAAAAAAACACCCAUCUACCACCCAGAACAUGAGGAUUUUAUUUUUAUUCAGAAAUUGUUUUCAGACCUCAGUGCUCAUGUAAUCUAGGAUAAAUUAGUUAUUAAGUCCUGUGCUUCUUGACACACCAUCACCAGUGCUGAAUUUUAUCUCACCAAUAACUAGUGGGAGAUUGGAAAUUUUGAGCCCUGAUUAAAAGACAUACACAAUCCUCAAAACUCCAGAUGCUGGCGUAUGUGUGAGACCUGGUCCUUACAGAUUGGCUGAGAGUCAUGGGAGUUGGAAAUUGUAGCACUAGGAUGAUUACUGCCAAUAAUAUUAGAUACGAUCAGAGAAUGUUCUCUCACUUUGAUUUGUAAAUUUUACAGAUUUCUAUUUAUUUAUUUUUAAAUCGCUCUUUAUUUCUUCCAGGGAAGGUAACAGUAUGGAGGUGCAAGUGGACAUUGAGUCUAAGCCUGCGAAAUUCAGACACAACAGUGGGAGCAGCAGUGUUGAUUACGGAAGUGCACCAAGCCGCAGCAAUGCUGGUGGGUCUGGAGCAUGCUCAACAGAAAGUAAAUGCAGCUCCACCAAGUGGUCAAAAGAGGGAACAGCAGGUAAAAAAUGUAAAGGAAAGCUAAAAAAGAAGAGCAGUACAAAGAUCAAUGAGACCAGAGAGGAUAUGGACGCUCAGCUUCUGGAGCAACAAAGCACUAACUCCAGCGAGUUUGACUCCCCUUCCCUUAGUGACAGCAUACCAUCAGUUGCCGAUUCCCACUCUAGUCACUUCUCUGAAUUCAGCUGCUCAGACAUGGAAAGCAUGAAGACCUCAUGUAGCCACGGCUCCACCGAUUACCACUCUCGCUUUGUUACCGUCAGCCCUCUACCAGAAGUGGAAAAUGACCGUCUAGAAAGUUCUCCACACCAAAGCGGGAUUCCAAUUGUUACAACGCCUGUGCCAUGCACAGAUAUUCCCCAGCUAAGUUACAUUGCAGAGGAGAGCUCGUGUCACCGUGUCCCAAGUGCUGGAGAAGAUGCUGGCAAAACCUCAACUGAUGCAAAUACCCAUCACGAACUAAAUGGUGCAAUCCAGACAGACAUUUAG